AUGCCUGAGCCUGGCGAACAGGAUAUGUCGAUUAUUCCUUACGGCAGCAAUCAUGAUGUCGUUCUGCGUCAUAACGAUGCCAUAGUAGUGUUUGAUCGAGCAUCUAAGCAAUUAGUCCUUCAGAGCGCCGAUCCCGAUUCCGCAACCCUAGAGCAAUCAGAUUGCCCAUAUUGCCAUCGGCCGAUGCGUGAUGGCUCUGAGAAUAGUAGAGAUACAAGGCGAGCACACGCCCCAGCUCCAGGAUUUAUCAACCCUGAAUACUUUCGCAUGCUCGACUCCUGGUUACCUGGCAACACCCCGGAACGAUCUGGCCCCCCUUCUCCGAGAAGGCGGCUAGUACCACCAAUUCAGCCCGAAACUAUUCCAAGAUAUGAUACCGAUACUCCGCUUACUCCCGGAAUAUCGUCUACGGCAUUUAGUGAGGGGUAUUUCAAUCGAUUCUUCGUCGAAGAAGGUAUCUUGGGUCGAGGUGGCAAGGGCGUUGUGUUGCGGGUCCAACAUGUCCUUGAUGGGGUCUCGCUGGGUCAAUAUGCCUGUAAAAGAGUCCCAGUAGGAGACGAUCAUGAGUGGCUGAAAAAGGUGUUGAUUGAAGUACAACUACUCCAACGAUUGUCACACCAAAACCUGGUGUCGUACCGGCAUGUCUGGUUGGAAAAUGCCAAAUUGAGCAAUUUUGGACCAAGUGUACCUUGUGCCUUUAUACUGCAACAGUUCUGCAAUUCUGGAGAUCUUCAAAAGUAUAUUUGCGGAGCUGUGCGACCAGCGAUCACUCCACAAGAGUUGAAGGACCGUUUACGACGAAAAUCCAAAGGCCAGCCGGACCCAGCCAAGUUUGAUGGUCCUCUCAGGCUCCCUUUUGACGAGAUAUAUUCGUUUUUUAAAGACAUCACUUCUGGGCUAACUUUUCUACAUGAAAAUGGCUACAUCCAUCGUGAUCUGAAGCCCAGCAACUGCCUGCUGCAUGAGACCGGACGAGAGCUGCGAGCCUUGGUCAGCGACUUUGGAGAGGUUCAGUCUGAAAAUAUGAUCCGAAACUCCACUGGAAGCACGGGCACGGUUUCUUACUGUGCCCCCGAGGUGCUUCGGCGUGUUUCAGCAGAUGGGCCUUUUGGCAACUUUACUUUUAAGUCAGAUGUGUUCUCAUUAGGGAUGAUACUAUACUUUCUCUGUUUUGCACAGCUUCCAUAUCGAAAUGCAGAUGCUGUUGAUGAAGAUAAAGAAGACCUGGAUCAGCUGCGUGUUGAAAUCAGCCAAUGGGCUGGUUUCGAUGAUGCACGCCGCAUGAGGCCAGAAUUACCCGAGAAGCUAUAUAGUUUUUUGAAACGGCUACUUUCUGUCAAUCCUAACGAACGGCCAACGGCUGACGAGGUUCUCAGUGGCAUCCAAGGUGGUGUGGGUGUGCCCGACGGUCGCCGAUAUCACAGAAAUGGCUCCGUGGGCCCUGAACUUCGUUCGAACUCCUUAGCGUUGCCCUCAGACACUUCGAUAUCACCAAAGGCACGAAGGUCCAGCUUAGAUCUCACUCCUCGACUAGCACCGCCGCGCCAUUCUCCUAGCUAUGGCACAAAUAAUGAGCCGUCUGAAAUUGAACGUCCAUCCGACCAGUCUAUACCAGAAAUGGCAAACGAGCACCGUUCACCUGAAACCCCUUUACUCAUUCAACCAUCUCCUGGUUCUGCGAAUCCUGUUAGCAUCCAUUCAGUUCCCAACCAUCAGCGAUUACAUCUUGCAAAUCAGCUUCUUUUGCCGCCUCCGGCAAGAUUCCCACUUCUGCGCCUAUUAAGGUAUCGUCUCCAUAGUCGCUAUUUUACUGUUGCUCUUACUUUUCUUAAAGUAUUUUCGAUCUCUCGACCAUGUUCACCUCUUGCCGUGAACCAAUGGAUAUUCUACCCUCUUCUUAUUAUUGCAGUGGCUGAUUUGACCGUAACAAAGUUAUGGGUUCGCGUAUUUAUGCUAUUAAUACAUAUCGUUGUUGUUUUUGUUGCUUUUCAGCGAGGAGUUCUGUGCUACGGUCAUGGCUUGGAUUAUGCCGGAUGA